AUGAAUCGCCGUAAACCUAUAUACGGGGAUUCAAUGGAUACCCCGCUGAACCGAUGUCUUACUACCUUGGAUAUCACUUUACUGGGUGUGGGGCAUAUGGUUGGAGCUGGUAUUUACGUCUUGACUGGUACCGUCGCCCGUCAUAUGGCAGGACCAGCAACUGCCCUAAGUUUUCUCUUGGCUGGAAUAACAUCUACCUUGGCGGCUCUGUGCUAUGCUGAAUUCGGAACUAGGAUUCCGAGAGCGGGCAGUGCAUACGCUUACACGUACAUGUUUGAAGCUUUAACAGUUGGUCGUCUCCGGGCUCAAUACGCUUGGUUGGAGCCCCUGGCAGGUGGCAGGGCUCCUGGCGCUGCCGUUACGAGCUGUGUAUACACGUUUACUGCUGCCGCUGCAGCUUUGUGUGCCCACAACCACUUUUUAGCUGAACCGGCUGGGCUGUGGGCUUUGCUCCCAGAUUUUGUCCUGAGUUUCAUUAUUGUUGCUUGUUUGGUAAUAAUUUGGGCACACCAACAAAGUCCAACACGGCUGCCUUUCCGUGUUCCAUGGGUUCCAUUGCUACCGGCUCUGAGUGUUAUGCUCAAUGUUGAGCUCAUGAUAAACCUUAACGCACUCACCUGGGCUCGAUUUGCUAUUUGGAUGACUUUCGGCCUGCUCCUUUACUUCCUGUAUGGAAUUCACCAUAGCAAACUGGGCGAGGGUGUCACGGGACUUCUGUCGCGGUCAGCUAGUGGCGGAGGUCACAGUGGGGGAUGGGGUGCUGUUGAAAAGACCAGUGCUAUCGCUCGUCGUGUUGGGCGUUUCGCUCGCGGCAGCAAGGGUGACGACCGUAAACCGAUCAUUAGCGACGACGACCUAUCGAGGCGCGAACCGUGAUUCUAAACACCACAUAUGUUUCUUUCCUAAUUUAAAAACAACGCGGUUUCUUAGUCUUGCCAGCUUAAAUAAGUAUUUCGUCAAUGUGUUGCCAUUUUCAUAUUGUGUCAGUAACAAAUAAUCACUGUCGCCACAAAAUGGAGAACUAAAUUAAUGACCACACACAAAUAUGUUAUUGUGCUUUCUGAUAAAGUUUAUUAUAUGGGUGGUAUUUUUAAGGCUUAACGAGCAGAAUAGUGGAAAUUAUGUAAAUUUUACUUACUUGGUUAUAGAUGUAUCCGAGUUUAUUAACGUAAGAGUAAAAAGUACCUAAUGAAAAAAAAUCCAUAUUUAUAGGCAAUAUAUUA